UCUGCAACCGAAAGCCACAAAAAGGAAGACGCGCCCGGCGAACGAGGUCUUCUGCGGAGAGUGAGAGUCCGGAUGGACCCAGCCGAGGCGCUCGAGUUCUCGUCUGUUGCUCAGAAAAAGAGGAAAGCUUCGAUCCCAAAAACAGAAGAAAAAUGACAAGACAAAGAAGCAACGCUGUCGCCGAGCACGCGCCGGCCAGCGUCGAGAGGGGGGUGGGCAUGUCGCUUUUUUGCGAAGCGAACGCAUGCACAAAAAGGAAAACACUCGGGGCUCGAUGGAGAAAAUCGAAGCUUUUCGCCAGUUCUCUUCUUCCUUUUCUUCUUCUUCAACGAUCGCCGUGAUUUCCUUUCUCUCUCGCGUCUGCCAUUUUUUCUGAUUUCUCGCUCUUUUCCGCCGUUCUCCCUGACUUUUCUCUCUCCGCGUUGUUGCCCGACACAGACGUUCUCAACCGCGCCUACGGUGUGAAAACAGAAGACACCUCGAUGUUUCCUGUCCGAAAAAACCGUUGGUUUUCUUUCACCCUCUUCGUUCUGCCUUCCCGUCUUCAUAGGGAACCGUCGCCGAGUCUGUCGUCCUAGAAUGCGCCGUGUUUUUUUCUCAAGGGAGUUCGGCGAAACCGCAUGCAUUCGGCGGUGGACCCGGGUGGCUGGUCGUCGCACUCAAGUCCGAGGGGAAAUUCAAGUUUGAACGUUUUCCUCGCCGGACGCUGCCUCUUUCCUUCGCUCUUUGACCUUUUCUCGUCUUCUUCAUGCGCGGACCUUCUGCGUUUCGUCUGCUUCCGCUCCUCUUGCUGUUGACGCGUCCCGCCUCUUCCGUCGCCGCUGCCCUCCUCGUUCGAAAGACAGGAACGAACGCCUUCCCCUCUUUGUCGUUGUCGCCGCCAGCUCCCGCCCCCGACGUCUGCACUCGCGAGUCGAGGUCUUCGCCGCGAUCGAAUGUCGCGCCUUCCUUUCUCCCCAGUCUUCCUCUUCGUGUGCCUGGACGGAGAAGCAUCGCUAUUCGAGGCGAACGAGGGGGCGACGAGCGACGCAGCCUGAGAAGAUUCGCAGCGAAGUCCACCUUUUCUCCACUCUUUUCUGCCUCUAGUCCGUCUUCGUCGUUCUCCUCUUCUUUGCGAUCCUUUCUCACCGAGUUACCUCUCCUCGGAGACCGGUCCUCAUCCUCCUCGUCGCUGCCUGCAAAAUCUAGCCUCUCUGCAGCUCCUCCUUCCGAAGCAGUUCAGGGUGCGGCAUCGGAAGGAGAGGACAGGACAUCGACAGCGGAGGAACUGGCUCCGACAGACGAAGAAGGAAGUCUCCAACGAGCGAAGGCGUCGACGACAACGACAGAGGAUCGACCGGAGCGAGAGGAAGAAGCCGACACUCAGGACGAGGAAGGCACACUGACGGAGCAAGCCGACAACGGAAAAAGACAAGGAAGGACAGGAGUACAGGAGUGGAAGGAGAAAGAACGAGGCGGGGAGGAGACCGUAGAACUCCGGUCUGAACAGGGCGGAGACGAAGAGACUCCGACGGAACGUUUGAGGAUUCCUGAGGCGCGGACCCCCACAAGAGUACGGAACGGCCGACGGAGACAAGACGACUCAAUCUCACCGACGAGGGAAGGCUUGAACGUCUUUGAAGCUGCGGCAAUGGAUCCUGGAAAGGAAGCAGACGAAGUGGAGAAGAAGAAGGAGGAGGAAGCAACAGCUCGAGCACUGGCGAACUUCGAUCCAGAGAAAAUUGGAGAAGACUUGACUCUCACCUUUCUUCGGGUGCCAGAGCGACAAGUCAACGACGCUCUGAAGAGAGUGAAAAAAUUUCUUUUUCAUCGCCGCAACUUCAAGUCGGUUCGUGAUGAAGACACCUCGACGGCCUCUGCCUUCGACAACGCUAUGCUCGCAGAUGCUGUGGCGCUGAGCGAGACAGCUGCGCAGGCCGAACAGACGUCUCCUCGCGAGGAAGGCGAGAAGGCGCAUGCGACUGGCGAAGCGGUGCAAAGCGGGGGAGACGCUCCGGCAGCCGACACAGAGGAAGCGCGGAAGGAGGCGAAGACUCAGGUUGCAAAAUGGAAGCGCAUUCUUCUCUCUGAGGAAGUCCAAGAAGACCUUCGGCAACUGCCGAGCAGCGUGCGCGAGUGGCUGUCGACACAAAACUUUACGGUUGGACGCGAGACAGUGCAUCUCUCCUACAAGCAUUUGACCGCAGAGGAAGCCAUGAAAAAGCUCGUCCCUGCGGAUCUGGACAUGCCUCGACGCUACGAGACGGUCGGGCACAUUGCACACUUGAAUCUUCGUGAGCACCUUCUUCCCUACAGAUUUCUCAUUGCUCGUCUUCUCCUCGAUAAGCAGCUGGGACUCGCGACGGUGGUAAACAAGACUGGAAUUGCGUCUCAGUGGCGAGAGCUGCAGUUCGAGCAUCUAGGCGGAGAACCGCGGUUUGUCGCUCGGCUGAAGGAGAACGACAUGCACUUUGAAAUUGACUACGAACGGGUCUACUGGAACUCCAGGCUGGCAGCGGAGCGCGAAAAAAUCACAGCGGAAGUUCCUCGGUCGUCGAUUGUCUUGGACUGCUUCGCUGGAGUCGGAGCCUUUUCCCUCUUCCUCGCGCAGAGACGCAGCUGUCUCGUGCUUGCGAACGACUUCAAUCCCAAUGCAGUGCUCUGCAUGAAGAAGAACAGAUCUCUCAACAAGGUUUCCAGUGAGUGUCUGCGCCUGUUCAACUUGGACGCGCGCGCCUUCGUCCGCAGAGUCGCAGGCUCCCCCGAGAAGCUCGCAAGACUGGUGUGGCUGCGCAGAGACCUAGUUAAAAACUGCAUGCAGGCGUCUGCUGGAGCUCUGACGCGAAGCGAGGAGAAGCAGAAACGCGGAGAAAAAGAGACGAACGGCGAGGGAGCCAGCUCAGCGAAGAAGCGAAGAACAACUCCCGAAGCGGAGGCGAACUGCCGGGCGACAAAGGGCGCCGAAGCGGCCGGGGAGGUCGAAGGCGACUCUGCUCACGCGGAGAAAAGGGAGGAAAGCCUCGUCAACGAAAAGACGCAAAUCGAAUGCCAUUAUCUCAUGAACCUUCCCGAACUGGCCAUCGACUUCCUAGAUGUUUUUGCAGGUCUCUUGACGGGGAGCGGCUCUUCUUCAGAAGGGAAGAGAGAGAAAGGUGGAGAGAGUGAGGCAGGUGAAGGCGAACAAGGAGAGCCUUUCAUGUGCAGUGAUGCCUCGGCGCCCACAGAAGAAGAAAUAAGGCAGAUUGAAGGUCUUCGUCACCGCAUUCACUGCUAUGCCUUCUCUCGCUCCUCCCCUCCUGAAAUCGAACUGAGGCCACGGGUGGAGAAGUCUCUCGGCUUUUGGCCUGAAGACGUCGCUGUGCGCGAAGUGCGCGACGUAGCUCCGAACAAACGAAUGUUUUGCCUUUCUUUCGACAUUCCUUUCAGUUUCCUCUCCACGUCCCCGCCUUCCUGAAAAGAUGUUUCUCUUGGCUUUCUUCGAGAAAAAACUCCCCUGCGUCGCCUCUCCUUUCUUCUCUCGCCUUCUCUCUUCUUCCCUCUUCCAGCUCAUGUCUUUUUUCUGUGUGUGGUAGUCCUUUCUUUUCCUUCCUUCGUAUGGCCGCGCUGUGUUCCGUUUUCUCGACUGCUGCAUUUGCUCGUCUUUUUCCUCCACGGUCAGCGCUGGCGACUGCCUGUCUUGUCGCAGAACGAACUGCAGCCUGACGUUCAUGAGUCUGUGCAUGCGACGCCGAGUUUUCUUCUCUUCGGUUUUGCUGUGCGUACGAACAAAACGAAAGGAUGCUCUAACAAGACUCUUUUCUUCGACAACUGAGAAACUGUUCGUUCUUCC